AACAAUACAUGUUUAUGUCAAGCCAGUGAUAAGAAAUUUGAGAAGUUUCACGUAAAAUUUCAGUGAUGAUUACGGUGAAAUUUCGAGUGAUUCAGUUAAAUUUUUAUUGUAUUUAUUAGUUAUUGUCGAAACAAGAAACCAAAAAAGUGUUUUCUGAGAAACAUGAUAAGGAUUCAGUAGAACCCACCACCAAAACCAGAAUGCACUGCUACAACAUUCCAACGAUCGAUCCGGAUCUCCGUCACGAGGAAACCAUCCUGCAGGCCAUCAAUGCGUUCGAAUUCCUCAACGAGGUCAUUGAGGACGUAUUCGGGAAGGUAAACCGUCGGAUUGAGUCCAAUCGUGAGCGCCUCCAUAAGCUUAAUGCCCGCAUAGAGAAGGUGAACGAUCAGGUGGCCAAACUGAAGGAAACGAGGGAAGCGAUAGUUAUUUAUUCACCGUGCCGUUAUCCGGGAGCAGAUCUGGACACCAAGGUGCUACCGACCUUCACCGGUGCCAAUGGAAUCCGUAUGCGUGAGGCGGAGGAGGUGGGGAACUUGCGAGAGAAGUCCUACGUGCCAAGCCACUCGUACCAGGAGAAGAUUGAGUUCUAUCACGUGAAGAGCUCCUCGGAACGGCACCGGAUUUACGAGUUUGACGAGACCAGGGCCAAUCAAAAGGGGCCGAGGGAGGUUCAGUUCUUAGAUUCGGUACUGCUGUUCAACAGUAAUCAGUAUGCGGAGGAGUACAAAGGAGCGGAGGACAAAUCCAGAGGAUCCGGGAGGAAAACUCCGGGGAGGAUUCGAGAAGAACGGAUUCUGUCGGCUUCGUCUCCGAUCAUUCGGAACCGGUCCCGAAAGAAAGGGCAGGACAUUUUCUACACGCCGGUAUUGAACGAAGCUCCCAAGAUCGACGUUCCGGUGGAUCUGCCGGAUUUGCCCGGAAUUGUUAGCAAUAUUCAGUACGAGGGAAAUAAUACGCUGAUCGCUCCGUCGCUUCAACUGGCUGCCAUAGCUGACCAGUUGCCGGAAUUGGGAGAAUUGUCCGCGAUGGAAGCAAAGGAAACGGUUUCGACGGUGGCAAGUGUCGCAUCACCGGUACCGACAAAUGCUCCCCCAAUGCCACCAAUCGCCGCUCCAGCCCCAAAUGUAAUGAUCAAUGCUCAACCCCCUCCCCCUCCGCCGCCACCACCCCCUCCACCUCCGGCGGAAAUUUUGGCAAACAGCGGCGGCAGGAAAGCCGACGAAAACGAUGGGAAUCCGGUUAAGAAGGACACAAAGCCGGCAGCAGCUGGCGAUGCUCAUUUCAAUCUGAUGGAAGCCAUCCGGAAGGCGGGCGGAGUGGAGAAAGCCAAUCUGAGACACAGCGACACAAAGGAGGGAAGGACCGAUUCGAGCAAACCCUCGAAAGCAAAUCCGCAGAACUUCAUCGACGAUCUACACAACAAACUACAGAUGCGACGCAAGGGAAUCUCCGGAGCUCGGGAAAACCAGGAACCAGGAAACGUAAUCGAUCGCCUCUCGGCCCUGAUUCCUCCCCCGCCACCGAAGCUGGAAGCCAGCGCCAGCGAGAGCAACGACGAAGAUUGGGACUAGCUUCGUGUAAUAAAAAGAUAGAGGCGAUGUUUGAACUUGUUAAGACUUUUUGUGUAUCGUUAUUAUUCUUACACACGUUUGGAAAGUUAUUAAAUUAGACACUAUUUUAGUAGAAAAGUAAA